CCAGGUUUCAAGGUGUGGAUGUAAUGCUACCGAGUAGUUGGCCUUUACCGAACCGGCGCUGUGUAUAGAUGUUGCGUUGCAUUUUUAGGACGAUGAUGAUACAUGCCUACUUAUAUUUUGACUUUCAGGCUGAUUACCACGCACACAGUAUACUGUAACUAGCUGAUUGAGCAAUUUAGAAUGCCAAUUUCGGAUUCUACAUUUAGCUCCAAUUUUCAGCACAAACUUCUAACUGUUUAUACAGAUUCAGCUCCAAACUCACUAUCAGAACUUAAUUGUCCUAACAUAUUCAAUCCAGUCAGUGACUUUGACCAUGAAGACACAAGCAACUGUACCUCUGAAACCGUUGGUAAUUCUUUCGUCACUUUUGAGGUCUCAGAGACUGAAACGUGUGCAAGCAACUUAUCAGAUGACUUUCAAGAAAUUCCAGAAUACUCAUUGCAUGCUGAGGUUUAUAUACCAGCAACUUUUCCAAGUGCAUUGUCCAGUUAUACUGUUCAUGCCAACUCAGAUAGUUAUGAAAAUAUUAUUUCCCAGAAUUUGGUGUGGCAAGCUGAGGAAUCUGUUCAUGCACCUAUUAAUAUUAUGAUGGAGCCUUCUCAGGACAAUAAUCUCAUGUCUAAUAUUUACUUGAAUUAUGAGGUAGAUAGUGUCACAGAAAGGCAUUUUCAUGUCACCCUUCCAUCUCACUCAGAGAUUCCCAGAGUUUCACAGCCGGUUUACAGUUUUCAGAACGAAAAUGGUACUUUUAAUGCACACAGUCGCUCUAAGCAUAUGCAAAUAUGUUUCGACAGUACAGCUCAAACGUUUGCAUCACAGUUGAAUGUAACUUCAGAUUUAAUCCGUGUAAGUGAUUUCACCAGUGAGCCAAAAGACAUUACAUUGUCGCAGUCAAACUCUUCCACUGAAAGUUAUUCCUGUAAUUCACACUACUUUGAAGGUGUUUCCAAUUUUUCCAUGAACUCAUCUCUUUGUAUUCAUGCCGUUAAACCAUAUGAGGCCAAUAGAGAAAAUUAUGUGAAUGAUCGCACUGUAUCCAAAGAGCCUUUAAGCUCUUAUGAACUGAUGGAUCAUACUUUCGAAUAUCCAGUCUAUGAUUUCGUUCCCACAGAUGGUCAUAGUUAUACUUGCUAUGAUCCUCCUAAACCAUCUUAUUAUAACUCUUUUUCGGAAGGAUUUAGAAGCACAAUGGUUUAUUCAGAUUUGGGCGCAAACAGCUUCGAAAGUGAACAGCAUGAUUGCUACGAUGAUACUAUAUUCGUCUCAAAUUUUCCAGACCCGUUGGUCACACAAGAUAGUACACACGUUUCUGCUUAUUUAAUUCCCGAUCAAAACCAGGAUCCUCUUUCAAAACAACCAAAUACCUAUCCAGAUACCAUUGUACAAGUUCCUCUUUGUACAGCUUAUGAAAUCAAGGAUUCAAAUAGUCUCCAGUACAAUGACUCACUCCAACGUACACAUCCACUUGAAUUAACUUUGGCAACAUUUUUGACAGAUACAGAACAGCAAUCAACACAUAAUGUUUCUACUGAAUACACACCGGCCGCAGUAUACCCUUGCAUUAGUACGGAUCCAGAACCACUUCCUAACAGCACAGAGUAUUCAUCAGUGAAAAAUGUUCCAACUAAGCGUAUACCUGUUCCUGUCAUAUCUGAGAGUAGUAACACAGUCUCUAAAUCAUCGAAGUGGAUUUGUACUCAUUGCUCGCUGAGUUUUACACGUCCAAGUCACUUGGUAGACCAUCUGCGUAUCCACACCGGUGAAAGACCUUACAAGUGUAUUUUGUGUGGACGUCAAUUCACUCAAGCCUCUAACCUUCGUCGACAUCUCUCAAGCCACAAGGCCUGGCCACCAAUAUCAUCUGUAACUACUGCUGCACCCGAUGGGUACAACAAUCCUGAAAUAGUUUCAAAAAACACUGAAGUGGUAACUAUCCCUAUUUCUUGUCGCCCUAUGUCUCGUAAAGUUUGGAUCUGUCGAUUUUGUGAUCAACGAUUUGAAACGUAUACGCAACUUCGUGCCCAUUUGAUACAUCAUAAAGACAAGCAGGUUUAUGCAUGUGUAUUUUGUGAUUGUAACUCUUCCUUUUCAUCACCAAACAGUUUAUUAAAUCAUUUGUUGGAAAAACACCAAGAUAACAAGAAUGAAGAACUUGCAUGUCAAACUUGCAACAAAAAAUUUCAUGAUUUCUGGCAUCUUGUUGAACACUUGUUACCUCGACGUAACGGAUCAAGCUCCGGUUGUCCUAUACUGCAUAUUAAAUCAAGAAGAAAGGAAAGUAAAUUGCUGAAAAGGAAUCGUAAAGUUAUUUCACAUCGUAGGUCUGCUGGUGUUCAGAAUGGAGAACAAAGUUCGAAUUUGUCAGCCGAAUGCUCUAGAACUGAUAAUUAUUUUAAUUCUACAUUCCAUCUACUUCCUAUACAAAGAUUCAAAAAAGAUAAUUCAUUAUUUGGAUUCAAGUGCCCAUUUUGUGAGGAAAUCUGCAAAAGUCUUAAACAUAUUCAUGCCCAUUUGUCUGGAAGUCAUUCAAAGCUAAUGAAUCCUUCAGUAUUGAGAUCUACCUUGUCAGACAAAACUAUGAGUGAUGACACUAAUGAUAUUAGUUCUUUGUCGCAUAACACAGAUUCAUCUUCCAGUGGUGAUGACCCAUCUAAAACAGCCUUAUUUCUUCUUCAGCUAGAAAAGCGUAUAUUAUCUAAUGGACAUCAGCUAGGAUCUAACAAAAUUGCUUCGCCUAAAAUAUUUGUAUGUAAAUUUUGCGGCAAAAACUUUCAAAAACAGAAGUUUUUUGAUGAUCACGAGUUGAUGUGUCAACAGUCAAUUCAAGAACGAGCACGUCGAAUCCGUCUUAGAGCCAGUAAACGAGAGAAGUUUGCUGUUUUACAGGAGACCAAUACUGAAUCGAAUAUGAAUUUUUGUAUUGAUAUUACUCCUCCAAAUCAAGAUUUCGUCCUUUGUAAUUCAGGUGAUUCAGUUUCAUCGCUUAGAAGGUCUACACGUAAUAGAACAUUUCAUACAUUUUGGAAACCUAAACUAACUCGUCGAAAGCGUAAUUUUAUUGAAUCCAUCUGCUGAAUAACUAUAAACAAGCUCACCUUUAAAGUAAAUUUUCAGGUAUUACAUUAUGAAAUAUAUUUAUGCUCUUUAUCUAUCCUCAUAUAGGCAACAGUUAUUGAUUUAUUUCGCUAAGAUAUGAAUAUUUAGUAAUUUGAUGCUUAACAUAAUUAUUUUGUGUACAUAAUUUUUAUUUCGUUGAAUCUAGUUUGUAUUAUAAAUUCAUCUAUUUCACUUGGCUUGUUUUAGUUACUGAUAGAUUUUCUUUGAAAAAUAUCCCAUGAGCAAUAGUCAAACUAAAAUUUUCACCUCAUUUUUAUAAGCCUUUGUU